AUGAUUGCUGUGCCCUGGGGAGAAGAUGGGUUCAUGACAGAGUUGGAGAUUGCAGAUAAGAUCUUGGCAUUUCUUAUUGGAGGCCAUGAUACUACUAUUGCCACUAUCACUUUUGCUAUGAAAUAUCUUGAAGAGAUGCCUCGCCACUACAAUGAGGUUCUAAGAGAGCAGAGAGAGAGAACCGAGUUAAUGAAGCCAAGAGAAGUGCUAUGUUGGGAUGACAUCCAAAAGAUGAGAUACACUUGGAACUUUGUGAACGAGGUGAUGAGGCAUAGAACAAUUAUUCAAGGUUCUUUUAGAGAAGCCAAGACGGAUAUCAUCUGUAAAGGCUACCUCAUCCCCAAGGGGCGGAAGAUAUAUUGGAGCGUGGGUUCAACCCAAAAGAACUCUAAAUACUUCUUAGAGCCAGAAAGGUUUAAUCCUAUUAGAUUCGAAAAAAAUGGACCUUCUCCUUACACAUAUGUUCCCUUUGGGGUAGGACCUCUUAUGUGCCUUGGAAAAGAGUAUGCUAGAGUAACUAUCCUUGUCUUUCUCCAUCAUGUAAUGAAAAUGUUCAAGUGGGAACCAAUUCUUCCCAAUGAGAAAAUAAAAGUAGAGUUGGGUUCCACCCCAGCAGAAGGGUUCCCAGUGAGUAUUUCUCAUGUCUGGAAUUGA